AUGUCAUAUCCAGAAAAAUUUCAAGGUAUUGGUGUUGUAGAUGCUAAGGACUGGACACAUCCUAAGAAGGUUACUUACGAUCCAAAACCAUUUGACUCACAUGAUGUAGAUAUUGAAAUCGAAUGUUGUGGUGUUUGCGGUUCUGACAUUCAUUGUGCUGCAUCCCACUGGAGUGAGGUAAGAGAAGAUCUGGUUGUUGGUCACGAAGUCAUUGGUAGAGUUGUCAAAGUUGGCCCAGAAUGUAAUACUGGGCUAAAACUUGGCGACAGAGUCGGUGUUGGUGCACAAGUUUUCUCGUGUCUUGAAUGUGACCGCUGUAAGGAAGAUAAUGAACCAUAUUGCCAAAAGUUUGUCACAACUUACAAUCAGCCUUAUGCAAAUGGAUAUAUCAGUCAAGGUGGUUAUGCUUCUCACAUUAGAGUUCAUGAACAUUUUGUUGUUCCAAUCCCUGAUGAAAUUCCAAGUGAGCUAGCUGCACCAUUGAUGUGUGGUGGUAUUACCGUGUUUUCUCCAUUAUUAAGAAAUGGUUGCGGUCCAAACAAGAAGGUGGGUAUCGUUGGUAUUGGUGGUAUCGGCCACAUGGGUGUUCUCUUUGCCAAAGCUAUGGGUGCUGAAGUCUAUGCAUUCUCGCGUUCUGAUUCCAAGAAAGAAGAUUCCUUGAAAUUAGGUGCUGACCAUUAUAUUGCCACUAAAGAUGAUGAAGGUUGGGAAGAAAAAUACUAUAACACUUUAGACUUAGUCGUUGUUUGUGCUUCUUCUUUGACGGAUAUUCAGCUCGAUAAGUUUGUUAAAGUUAUGAGAAUCGGAGGCACCAUUAUUUCUAUUACUGCUCCAGAUAAGACCGAAAAAUUGACUUUAUCUCCAUUAGGCUUAUUAGGUGUCAAGAUUGGCAACAGUGGUUUGGGUUCUAUUGUUGAGAUCAAGACAAUGUUAGAUUUAGUAGUCAAGAAGAAUGUAAAGAUAUGGGUUGAAACUGUUCCAAUUAGUGAAAGGGGUGUUAAUGAAGUCUUUGAAAGAAUGGUCAAGGGUGAUGUUAAAUACAGAUUUACCCUCGUCGAUUAUGCCAAGGAAUUUCAAUAA